AUGGCGGCGACAUCAUCCUCGUACUUCCCGCUCGCAACUGAGGACCCAUACACUGGCGGCGGCGACAACACAGCUGGCACGGCGAACGCUGGCUCAGAUGGAAGUCCCGACAAUGACGCCGGAGCGUCUGGCAGCAGCAGCAACAAUUUCCAAAUAUCGCAGGGCGCACUCAUCGCCAUCAUCCUGAUCGUUGUCCUUGUUGCACUUAUCGGCAUCGCCUCUGGAACACUCUUCUACCUCGCAAAGAAGAGAGAAUGGAAAGUCCGCGAGACCAUUCGCAGGUCAGCCAGGAAGGUAGUCACAGCACUGACACCGCGACGCUCCGAGUUCCCGAGAUCUGUGAAGGAACAGUCGAUAAGGUCACGAAGUGGACGUACCCGGGUUGAGGAUGAGAUCCCACCAACUCCACGCUUGAAGCCCGAAGAUCUCGAAAAAGGCCUGGCCGCCAAGGUGGACGUGAAGCGGAAGUACUUUCAUCGAAAGUAG